UCAUAUCUUUAUAUCAGUAGCUCAGUAUAACUCAGUAGCUCGUUUAAACUCGCAACUCGUGUGCGGCUCACUCAUUCAUUUAGAUCAUUCAGAUAUAGUGAUAGGUUGGUUGUUUGCAUCUUUCUGAUAUAUUGAGCGGUUGCGAUUGAACAACUUUUUUCUAAUUAAAAAAAAUACUAUUCUUAUGACUGUAGGUACAACCUACUUCUUUUAUGUUAAUUAGUUCAAUGAAUAGUCAAUCGCAAUCUAGUAUUGAGUAUAAGCAUUAGUUUAGUAAGUAUUAGAAAAUAAAAAUAGAAAUAGCCUUCUGAUUUCCCUUCAUACUUUACACAGGCUUAGGACUGUCUACCUACGAAAUUAUUUACGUGAAAAUUAAAUUUUAGUUCAAAAUGUGUAUUUCGAGUCAAAACAUGUUUGUUCGGUAGGCGGUAAGUUUUCAAUACAUUUGACAAGAUUAUAAUACCGAAAUAUUCACUAAGGACAAACAAUUAUAAGCCUUAUGCGUGAGCAAUAGAGUUAACAACUUAUUAUUGGGUGUCAACUUAUUGUGGUCAAAGUAACGACAUUCGUAAUCGUAUGGGUGCGAGCGAGACGGCUCGCUUGACGUUCAACCAAUGGCGCGCGACGAAGCUAUCCGACGCCACAGAUUAGUUAGUACCCGACGCGAUGACCGACGAGUGAGUGAGGUGUAAAGAAAGAUAUACUGAACUACUGACACAUUCGGAUAUGUAAAGAUAUGAAGAGUGAUUGAUUCAAAUGGAAUGAUUCAUAUCAUUUGUAUCUAUCACUCCUGAGUUACCCAUCUCUACGGCAAAGGGCUAUUUCGAUUCGAUGUCAAAAAGACCUCUUCUAUAUUUUUUGUUUAUCUUUCUAUGAACUCCGCUCUUUUCUUGUAUAAUCAUUGAAGGGAUUCUUUAAGAAUAGUUCUUCCAUUACUUCCAUAUGCCUGCAUUAGUUAGGUUACUCAAUGCUGUAGUGUUAUUGAUAAUAAGUCGGAGCGAUCUUAUCGUGAAUUCGUGAUCGUUUCUGAUAAAAGCUGAAUAGGUGUACAGAUACACGUCGCGACUCGGCGUGUGUUGGAUCAAAUAAACCUUAUCCGCAUUACACAAUGCGAUUUCCUACAGCGGGAAAACGAGUACUGUUGAUAUGAAAUAUUGCAGAAGCGAAAGCGUGUUUACGUAGCGUAAAAAUCAUCGAGUGCCGGCCUCCCGGCGAUUCAAAUUUAGUGUUCGUGCAUGUUUUAAGUGACUGGUACGCGGCGAGGGUCGAUCGUCAUGCUGUCCUGGAUACAGCACCGAUGGACCGGCCUCUGCCUCCUCGUGACGGGCCUUGGAGCCCUCAUGCUCUUCCUCUAUGGAUUUUUCCCGCUGAAAUACCAUUCCGGGAAAAUGUCCCAUUUGGAUGAUCUGCCAAACUUUAUUGAUGGUGUCAGUAUUGACGGCCAGCAAGUGUACAAUUCUGGUGAGAAUACUGUGGUUCUCAUGGUCAUAGAUGGCCUCCGUUAUGACUUUGUUACUGAAGAGUACAUGCCGUACACAGGACAACUACUUAAGAACAAGUCUGGGUGUAUAUAUGUGUCUGUGGCUGAACCUCCCACUGUCACCAUGCCUAGGAUCAAGUCACCUGAACGUAAGAAGGAAAAGGCACAGUGGAGGCGCACUAUAAACUUCUGGCGGGAUAUAUUUGCCAUGAUGACAGGCAGUGUAUCGACAUUCGCGGACGUAGCUCUCAACUUCGGAGCGCCGGCAGUCCGCGGGGACAGCGUGCUGCGCGUCGCCAACGCUAGAGGGCGUCGUACCGUCAUGUAUGGUGAUGAUACGUGGUUGAGACUGUUCCCGGGACUGUGGGCUGAGUUUGAUGGAACUACGUCGUUUUUUGUCACUGAUUAUACUGAGGUAGACAACAACGUUACGAGACAUCUAGACAAGAUAUUGACACCAGACGAACAAAAGAAACCUACAUUUGACUUCCUAGUAUUACAUUACCUGGGGUUGGACCAUAUUGGACAUUUAGAGGGAGCUCGGAGCCCUAAGAUCAAACCGAAGCUCUUGGAAAUGGAUGAGGUCGUGAAGAAAAUAUUUACCGCUAUGCAGAAGUGGGACCGUAACGGCGUACUAAUAGUAUGCGGUGACCACGGCAUGCGCGACGCGGGCGGACACGGCGGCGCCACGCCCAGUGAGGUGCUGGUCCCGCUGGUGUUGGCCAGGAGUGGUGACUUCGUGUGUCCUCAUCCCCUAGGCCGCGGCCCCACAGUGGCUCAAGUAGACGUAGCACCCUCAGUAUCAUGGCUGCUAGGCUGUCCUUUCCCGGGUGACAGCGGCGGCCGCCUGCUGCCCGCACUGCUGCCGCAAGACACGCGGCAGCACCUGUAUCUACUGCACGUGCAGGCGCAGCAUAAUGCUAAGCAGGCACUGCCUACUGACACCGAAUUCUACAAGCAAUUCCAACGUGCUGAGAAGCAGUUCGCCCACUACCUGGCCACCGGACAGCAGAGCGCUGCUAAGAUAGCUUGGGAGUUCUACGAAGACUCGCUUGAGAAGAUGUCUGAGUUCCUAACUGAUACGAAGACCGAGUUCGAUAUGUUCGCUAUUGGGAUGGCUAUUGUUGUGCUGUAUUUGAUCGCCACUUCACUCCUCUUCGUGACUCUAUACUCAUUCCAACCCGAAGCGCGUCGCAAGACCAGUAUGACGUCCCACUCCCACCACAGAUCCAACGCCGGCUACAUCAUCGCCUUCCUCGUCAUCUUCUCUAUAACGAGUGCCAUACUGACCACCGCGUGUUUCAUCACGGAAACCAAAAGCCAAGUCUGCCAUUUCACUUCUCCUUGGAUACUAGUAUUAACUGCUAUAGCUUGCGUUUUUACCACCACAUAUUUUAUUAUAAAAACUGGUAUAGAACGCAUAAAAGAUUUGUCUACUCUAUCUGAAUUGAACAGUACAGAUUAUCUCUUAAUUGGUGCUACUAUAUUCCAUUGCUGGUCGUUCCUUGGUACAAGUUUCAUUGAAGAAGAACAUAUGACUUGGUACUACUUUUGGAAUACGUUAAUGUUCUUCGUUCUUGUUAGAACUGUGGUGGUUUUGUUAAUGUAUUUGAGUAAAAAGUGGACGGGGGCUACGGAGGUGCAAGAGAAACCCGAGUUGGCGCAGCGAAUGAGUGCGGUUGGAGUCGGGAUAUUACCUAAAUGGGUGAUGCUUAUUGCUUUGCAUAGGUAUCUUAGAACAAUGAAUCAAACGGGAGACCGGUGGCUAUUCCUACCAGACACUGCCGACUGGCUGAAUGCACCUGAGAAUGCCUUUUAUCUUCAAGCUCAUUUAGUUAUAGGUACAAUAGCGACCUUAGCAAUAUGUCUCUACAACCUCCGCUACGUAAACAACGUGGUUUACAUACAAACAGGAUUAACAAUCGCCGCAGUAGUCUGCAUACUAUGCUACCGAAUCACUUCCAAAGCCCUAGAAACACCAAUCGAUGAAAUCAAAACCUGGGACGCGGUACAAAUAGUCAGCAUAUUCUGGGCUAUAUUAAUAGCGCAGUUUAUACUAGAAAUUCUAUCAUACAUAGGUGCUUUGAAGUCUUGUGGUCUAAAACCUGUGGAAAGAAACGCCUCAAGUGCUAACAAAUUCGUUUACAAUAAGCCUAAGGCGAAAACAGAAGAUUAUUUCUAUGAAACUUUGAUAGAAGAACCGUGGAACGUCGAUGAAGUGAAGUUAAAUUUAGUGCGAUCAAUCUCUCAUUUGAUGUUGAAUGAUCUAAUGUUAAUAGUUGUGUUGUUAAUGAGGCCACACAAUGUGAUAAUGGUGCCGAGUAUUUAUAUAACGUGUGUGUUAACAUCUGAGUGUAUGGACCAUAAGUUGUUGGACUCCAAGUCCGGCAAAAAGACUGAAGUGGUUGAUAUACUUAGUAGGACUCUAGUGCAUAUGUGGAUUGGUAUCCUGUUCUUCUUUUAUCAGGGCAACUCCAACAGCUUGUCGUCAGUAGACCUGGGGUCGGGCUACGUGGGUCUGCGCGAGUACUGCCCGGUGCGCGUGGCGCUGCGCAUGGGGCUGCACGCGUACGCGGGGCCCGCCAUCGCCGGCGCCGCGCUCUUCUGUACUGUGGCCAAGCAUAGUGAUACGUGGCAACAGUACUUACAAACAACAUGGCGAGCAACGAACAUCCUCGCAUUACACCGAGUAUAUUCAGUAGUAAUAUACUGUGUUAUAGCAACCAUCUUCAGAGACCAUCUGUUUGUAUGGAGCGUGUUUUCUCCAAAACUGCUGUACGACUUCGUAGCAACAGUGUUCAGUGUCCAAGCUUUAGCUACCAUUGCGCAAAUAGAAGCUCUAGCUCAUAUAACGAACUGGCUAGCCAGAAUGUUCACUUACAAGUCAAGACUGUGAUAUACAAAUUGUAUAGUUACCUGAGGUAUAUUAUAUUUUAAAUGAUAUAGUGAAUUGUGAGACUAUGCCAUGAAUGUAUUGUGAUCAUCAUGUGUUUAGCGGCGUCCAUUUAGAGUAUAAACUUAUUUAUGGCUUGUUCCACCACUUUUGGCUAUGUCGCGAUAAACUAAUGUAUGUAUUUUACAAUAAUUUGUUACAUAAUUCCUAUCAGAAGUGGUGAAACGAACCCUUUAUAUUUAUUUUUAUUGUUAUCUAAUGGGUUGUAAGAGGCUUAGUGAAACGUACAAGCGCUCUCUUAUAAACACAUGUUCUAUUAAUGAGUAAUUAUGUAUUUUGUACUUAUACUGAUUGAAUACUAACACAGCAAUAAAACUAAAUCUAUAGUUAACUCUUAGGACCCUGAAAAGGUAUUUAAUGUUUGUUUUGACAUUCCUAGAACAAAAUUAAUAUAGUUACUGUUGUUGUUAUGAAUUACAUAUAUAACAUACUUACAUAGUAUAGGAUUCAAUAAUAAAACAAAUUAUUUUAACAUAUUUUUUUAUUAGUGUAAGUGUAUACUGGAACCACCAUUUUUUUUAAGUUUUUUUAUUCAUAUUGAUAUCCUAUAGGAGUCGUAGCGACUCCUUACCAAACCAAUGUCCUAAAUAAAUCUAAUUUUACAUUA